GCAGGAAGUCCGGAGAAAGGAGGGGAGGAGCGGCCGCGGCGCAGCAUCGCACCGUGCAUGGUGCUGCAGUGUCGGAGGGAGUGGAUGAGCAGCCGGAGCUGACCCAGAGAUGGCUGUCCUCAAACUGGCCGACCAGCCUCCUCUCAUCCAGGCGAUCUUCAGCGGAGACCCUGAAGAGAUCCGUAUGCUCAUAUACAAAUCUGAAGACAUCAAUGCACUGGAUGCAGAGAAGCGCACGCCGCUGCAUGCAGCCGCCUUCCUGGGCGAUGCCGAGAUCACCGAGCUCCUCAUCCUCUCUGGAGCUCGAGUCAAUGCCAAAGAUAAUAUGUGGCUCACCCCCCUCCAUCGAGCUGUGGCAUCACGGAGCGAGGAGGCCGUGCGAGUUUUGAUCCGCCACUCGGCUGAUGUGAACGCACGGGACAAGAACUGGCAGACGCCGCUUCAUGUUGCUGCAGCCAAUAACGCGCUGAGAUGCGCUGAGGUCAUCAUCCCGCUGCUGAGCAGUGUCAAUGUGUCGGACCGUGGCGGACGCACCGCCCUGCAUCACGCCGCCCUCAACGGCCACACAGAGAUGGUGAACCUCCUCCUCGCUAAAGGAGCCAACAUCAACGCCUUUGAUAAGAAAGAUGGCCGGGCGCUGCACUGGGCAGCUUUCAUGGGUCACCUGGAUGUGGUGUGUCUGCUGGUGAGUCAGGGGGCGGAGAUCAGCUGUAAGGACAAACGGGGGUACACUCCCCUCCACACGGCGGCCUCCAGCGGGCAGAUCGCUGUGGUCAAACACCUGCUGAACCUGGCAGUGGAGAUAGAUGAGUCUAACGCCUUUGGGAACACGGCGCUCCACGUGGCCUGUUUUAACGGUCAGGAUGCCGUUGUCAGCGAGCUCAUCGAUUACGGCGCCAACGUCAGCCAGGCCAACAACAAGGGCUUCACCCCGCUGCACUUUGCUGCUGCCUCCACACACGGAGCACUCUGUCUGGAGUUCCUGGUCAACAACGGGGCUGAUGUCAACGUACAGAGUCGGGACGGGAAGAGUCCUCUUCACAUGACGGCAGUUCACGGGCGCUUCACUCGCUCUCAGACCCUCAUACAGAACGGUGGGGAGAUCGACAGUGUGGACAAGGACGGAAACACCCCUCUGCACAUCGCUGCCCGCUACGGUCACGAACUCCUCAUCAACACGCUCAUCACCAGCGGAGCAGACUGCACGAGGCGAGGAGUCCACGACAUGUUCCCUCUCCACCUGGCUGCCCUGAACGCUCACUCUGACUGCUGCAGGAAGCUGCUGUCCUCAGGCCGGAGGUUUAGCAUAAUGUGUAACGACUCGGUCCUGUCUGCAGGCUUCCAGAUCGACACUCCUGACAGCCUGGGGAGGACCUGCCUGCACGCUGCUGCCGCCGGAGGUAAUGUGGAGUGUGUCAAGCUGCUCCUGAGCAGCGGUGGAGACCACAACAGGAGGGAUAAAUGUGGCAGAACCCCCCUCCACUACGCGGCCGCCAGCCGUCACUAUCAGUGUCUGGAGACUCUGGUUGCUUGUGGCACAGCCAUCAACGCCACGGACCAGUGGGGGCGCUCCGCCCUGCACUAUGCAGCUGCCUCGGACCUGGACAGGAGGCGCCGUGUGGCUCUGGAGCCAGAGAGCGAAGGAGUCCAGGCAGAGAGGGAGAAAGAGGCGGCGCUAUGUUUAGAGUUCCUGCUGCAGAGCGGAGCGACGGCCUCUCUCAAAGACAAGCAGGGCUACAGUCCUGUCCACUACGCCGCGGCGUAUGGACACAGGCACUGUCUGGAGCUGCUGCUGGACAGAGACGACACUCACCAAGACGACCCUGAAUCUCCGAACGCCAGGAGUCCACUGCACCUCGCUGCGUACCACGGCCACGCUCAGGCUCUGGAGGUGCUGCUGCAGGGGGAGAGGGAGGUGGACCAGGGGGACGAGGUGGGGAGGACCCCCCUGGCCCUGGCUGCCCUCCGGGGCCACGCCGAGUGUGUUCACACCCUCCUCAGCCAGGGCGCGUCGCCGCGCACCACUGACACCCAGUACGGACGCAGCCCAGUCCACCUGGCAGUGAUGAACGGUCACACGACAUGUGUGCGCCUCCUGCUGGAUGAAUCAGACAGUGCAGACCUGGUAGAUGCUGCUGACUCUCAGGGACAGACUCCUCUGAUGCUGGCGGUCGCAGGAGGUCAUGUGGACGCCGUGUCACUGCUGCUGGAGCGGGAAGCAAACGUGAACGCUGCGAAUAACCACGGCCUCACUGCCCUGCACCUCGGGCUGCUGUGUGGUCAGGAGGAGUGUAUCCAGUGUCUGCUGGAGCAGGAAGCCUCGGUUUUAAUUGGCGACUCUCGAGGUCGCACCGCCAUCCACCUGGCCGCCGCCCGAGGUCACGCCUCGUGGCUGAGCGAGCUGCUGAGCAUCGCCUGCUCCGAGCCGCCGUCCCUCCCCCCGCUGAGAGACAACAGCGGGUACACGCCGCUGCACUGGGCCUGCUACUACGGUCAUGAGGGGUGUGUGGAGGUUCUGCUGGAGCAGAAAGGUUGUCGCUGUAUUGAUGGGAACCCGUUCACCCCUCUGCACUGUGCUGUAGUGAACGAUCACGAGACCUGUGCAUCUCUGCUGCUGGAGGCCAUGGGCUCGGACAUCGCUGGCUGCAAAGACGCCAAGGACAGGACUCCUCUUCACGCUGCAGCAUUCUCGGGUCAUGUUGACUGCAUCCAGCUGCUCCUGUCCCAUGAUGCACCUGUUGAUGCUGUGGACCAAUCAGGUCGCAGUGCACUGAUGAUGGCGGCAGAGAAGGGCAGAGUCGGAGCCCUGGAGGUGCUGUUGACCAGCGCUGGGAGCAACCUCAGUCUGACAGACAAAGAUGGAAACACCGCCCUGCAUCUAGCCUGCAGUAAUGGAAGAGAAGACUGUGUGAUGUUGAUCCUGGAGAAGCUGUCUGACACGGCGCUCAUCAACGCCACAAAUGCAGCACUGCAAACUCCUCUCCACCUGGCGGCUCGUAGCGGUCUGAAGAAGGCGGUCCAGGAGCUGCUGUCUCGAGGAGCCAGCGUUCAGACGGUGGAUGAGAACGGUCUGACGCCUGCUCUGGCUUGCGCUCCUAGCAGAGAGGUGGCUGACUGUCUGGCUCUCAUUCUGGCUACCAUGAUGCCUUUCUGCUCCCCUUGCAGCUCCGGGGCUCCCUCCCCAGGCUCCCUGCUGAGGCAGCUGCCCCACCAGGGGUGUAAAGGCCCGGGCACCGGCCCUCGGGGGCCACGCAGCCCCAGGAACCCCUCCGGACCCUCCAGCGAAGGAACCACCGAGAACGACUCGGAGGACUCGGAAACCUUCUGACCCCUCCGAACCGACUCUCUACCCUCCUACCUCCAGCUGUGCACCUGAACUUUUUACCUCCCCUCCAGGAGCGAUGCAGUUUUUGGUUGGUGACAUGCACUCUGGAGGGAGGAGGGUGGAGAUUUGGUCGUGACGUAGCUUGGAUGUUUCGUCUGUAUCUUGUACAGAAUCGGCCUCCUGUGUGACACCAGGCUGGAGACCCCGCAGCGCUUUUUUUCUUAGUGCCCUUUUUCCAAAAAACAAUGAGCGGAGCAGCCGCACUGCCCCGGACUGACUACUGCAGCCGAGUAAGAUGCUCCACGGUGAUGAAGAAUUUGAUCCGGACCAGUUCUGGUUCGGGUCUGCAUGCUUGUGUUGACUCACACCACGGUUUGUUCUUUCUACUCACGGGUGCUUAAAUCCAAACCGACCUCGGUACUUCAGUCUCUGCAUGGCACAGCAACUCGCCUUGGAGACUCGUUUUGUCUUAAAAAAAGAAGCCAUUUUUAACUGUUUGUACAAAAUGAAGUCAACCAUGAAGACAGCUGAGUGUCCGUUUAACCUUUUUAUGAUUUUGGCUUGUUGUUGUACCAAAUAUUUGACUUCCACACGUAAAUAAUUAACAUUUUUAACUGUUAACAACUGAAGCACAAAUUUGGAUUUUAGGUUUUGAUGAACUGUCGCUGGAAUGUCGAGGUUUAGUAGUUUAAAUAUUGUUCAUGAAAACGAGGACACGACACACUGGGUACGUCCUGAUUCCCUUAUUUGGGCGAGGAGACGUCAGGGUGAAUCCAUGCGAGCAGUUUCUACCAGCAGCGACCAAUUUUUUAAUUAAAAUUCUUAUUUGUGUUUAUUGAUAAUCUGUUUGUAAAUUCAUUUUUAAAUAACUCAGAUUAUAAUGACAGUGUCUUAUAGAAAUGAUAAAGUAGCUUCAAUGUUUUAGGUAAACUUAAUAUUUUGUAAAUAAAUUUUAAAUCAAAUUCUAGUUGAGUAGCGAUCAGAUGAGGGACUCAGGACGUACCCACUGACUGAACACAGGGUUUGUGCAGAUGUGAACUGAGACUGAGAUUUAUGCAUUUUAUCCUGCGGCCUCUGUCGGCCUCCUGCACUGUUUAGACUCCAUGUUCCUCCCCACCUGUCGACCUGAGGGCUGCACUGUGAAGUAAGAUCAGCAGGUUAGAGAGUCGUGUUGAGUCUGAAGAGUCUUCCAUGUUAUGAAGAUGGUCAUGGUAACUUAAUGCUGCAGACUGAAGCUGACUGGAGCCAGUUUUUGUUGAGCUUUGGAUUUAAACUGGCUAAAAAAAAAAACAUCUUUUUCUCAUCAACUCCUCUGAUAAUAGCAUCAUUCUGUAAUCAAUAGUCGAUCUAUAAGCGAUACAGAUUCUCAGCUGAGGAAAUGUUAAUAGAUGCAGACAUGUUGAGCCAAAACAUGACAUUAGUAAUGCCUCUGAAGUUGGGCUGUAAGCUAAGGCAUCGACUAAAGUAACCAAGUACCAACUGGUAUCAAAACAUCUACCCGAUACCUGCAUUUGAUCCGUUUUGUUCUGGAGGUCUGAUCCUGGACCGACCCGACUCCCAGUUGGAUCAGCAGACUUUCUGUUACUGCCAUCUCUGAAUGGUCAGUUCAACAUCAAGCUAACACAGCAGCAGCGGCUAACAUCCAAAACCAAGCUGUUACUUGGGCCUAACAACAUCACACAAACAUCUCUGUCGUUAGACCCAUAAAAACAAAUAUAAAUUGGGCCCAAAAACAGUUUCCCCAUUGACUUACAUUGUGAAAGAGACAUCUGUGAAAUGACUGGUGUCGCUAUCAGGAUUUGAGCCAUUCGGUCUGGUAACAUUUCUAAAGUCUGGAAGAGCCUGAAGAAGAAAGCCUUGGUUAACAGAGACCGUUGAUAACCACCCUCUUGGUACCCGUUAUCUCUUUUAGGGUUUGUCGAGCCAGCUGAGGCCCAGACAGCCUGACUGUGUUGAACUUGCUUCAUAGUGCAGCCCUCAGAUUAGCCACUGGUGACCUGUUCCCACCUGGGCAGCUUUGAUGUCUGAUCACGCAGCCCAGACUCUCCUUAAAGACCAAAUUCCUGAAGCUCUGUUCGGCCUCCCUCAGUUGGUUGUGGUAUUUAUUAUCUCUUACAUGAUGGUACAAAUACUGCCAGCACUUACAAUGUAAAGUAACACAGGGCCUUGACCACUCCCCUCCCCCUCCUCCCCUCUGUUGUCUACCUACCAGCUAUGUGCCAUUGUCUCUAAUGUGUCCAGUGCCUUGAUGUCCACUCAUUUUUCUUUUACAACAAGUCCUUUGUUAGAAAUAUAAUAUUCCUGUAAUUAAAGGAUCAGCUCAUUAAAAUCACUGAACCCUGGAGGUACUGAGCUGUGCAGGUUUGUCCAGCUUUUCAGAUAUUUGCCUCAAAUUUCUGCUACGACCAAAAUAAAAAAAAAUAAUUUAGCUGCUUAUUUUUUGUGCAUUUUUGACUCUCUGUAUUUUACCAGAAUUUACUGACAUGAUCCUCCAGAUAUGAUGUCAAGGCUCUGGGCAACGUCUGCUUCCUGAACAAGAGCGAUGAAUUUGCACCUGAAACGCUGCCAGAAAGCGGCAGGAAAAAAGUGUGGAGGAAACAAACAAAAUAAGAGAUGCCAAAUAAACAAGGCGCUGAUUCAUACAGGACUGAUAUCAUCACAUGACGUCUGUGUUUGGAUAAAUAUGGAACAUAACUGACUUCAGAAUUUUCACUUGACAAAUAACAAACAUAGCAGAUUCGUAUAUAGUACUCACGUGCUGAAGUGAAGUGCAGAAACAGUCCUCAUCCUGUUAAGUGAUUUCCACCCUCGUACAUACAGACAGAUUAGCCUGGUUUACUCCAGGAGCCAAAAGCAUGACAAUAUGUUGACUUUGGAAACUUGUCAUCAACUUUCAUGUUGUUGUUUUUAUCAAUAAAUUUACUGAUGGUGAAAAUAAUUACCAGGUGAAUCAAUGAUCAAAGUGUUAAUUAGCUGCAGCCCUAUUGUUUGUGUCUUCAGUUAGCUCUGUGGAGAAUCCAGAUUAAGCAGGACGUUGUUUGUUUUGAGGCAGAAAUCUUAAAAUCUGGACAACUAAAACAAAAACUAUCUGCACGACUCGACACCACAACAUUCCAAGUGUCUGGGUUUUUGUUGCAGUUUUUUAGUGCACUGAUCCUUUAAUAUUUUGAGCAUAAUGUGGUCGGUUAUGUCACAUUCAAUGACAGAGUUUAGAGGAGUUUGCUCUGCGUGAGUUGACCAUUAUGCAGAUGGGUUUUUUUUGUUGAAAUAAUGUCUCACUCCGAUGUUUUCUCUCCUGAAGGCUGCUGAUAUUCUGUAUUUUUAUUGUCAACAAAUCCCUCCGAAACAAUCAAUGUGUCUGUCUAUUGAUACUUUCUGUGGCUCUUGAUUUCCAAUGAAGACACAAAUGUUUGAGUCAAAAAAACUUAGUUUGAAUAUAUAAAAAAAAAUGUUUUUAUCAUUUCUUAAAACAGCUUUUCAGUGUAGCUUUAGCUGUGGAGGCGCAUUUCCACCAGUGUGAUGAAAAAAAAAGAUCCUGUGAGUCGUAGAGAGGAAAUUUUCUCAGAAUAAUGACGGUAUUUAUUUGUUUUGAAAUACUAACUCAAUAUUUUGACAAACUAACUCAUUUUAACAAACUUUCUCAUUUUGAAAUACUUCAUUUUUUGAGGUAAGUCGUUAUUUUAAAAUUGUGUCUCAAAAUAAUAAGAAAUUAAAUCAUUUAUUUGAGAUACUAACUCAGACUGAAAUAGUAACAACAUUUUUCCAAGUUGCAUCUCAAAUAAUGAGAAACUAACUCGAUCAAUAAAAUAAGGAGAUUCUACCUAAUUAUGAGAAAGUUUAUUAUUAUUUUGAGACACUAACGUUUGUCAUUGUGGUGACUCACAGGAUCUUUUUUUAUUUUUCUCAUCACACUGGCAGAGAGGGUCUCCAUACUUAGCAAACGUUACUCUCGGGAGCAAUUAAAUUUAUUGGGGACUAUUUUCAGCGGCGGAUUAAUCUACAUUUGGUACUGAAGUGAGUAUUUGUGGCAUCAGGACAGUGUGUGGGAUCAAUUUUAAAUAAACUACAAUGCCGCAGUUAAACGUAAUGAAGGAAUGUGUUUUUAGCUCUAUGGACGCAGACAUCAGACUUGUUUUGUCUUUUCGCGGGAUUUGUAAACAAUAAGAACAAGAAUAUCUUGUCCUUUAAGUUGUGUGUGUGUGUGUGUGUGUGUGUGUGUGUGUGUGUGUGUGUGUGUGUGUGUGUGUGAGAGAGAGAGAGAGAGAGAGUGUUAGCUUUAGGUACUGAUAUGAAAUUAAACUGCUUUUGUAUAUAAUGUUGACGUAAAGCUUUGUAUGAACUCUCCAUCACAGAUGAUUUUUAAGUGACGUCUCCAUCCUGAAGGUUUUUAUUUGAGCUCCAGACUAAAAGUUGUGAAUAUUAAUGAUCUUAUUUUAAACCCAGAACCCUGCUAGCUGCAGUUCGACUGAAAUGGAGACGACUGAUAAGCACACGUUGUUAACAAGCACACUGUUGUUCUGUCCCUGAGCUGAAGGUCCGCUGAGAGACUGAAUCUGUCUGCCAGUAUUAUUAUUAUUAUUAUUGUUAUUAUUCUACCAGAGACGAGCUUCACCAGUCCUGACAAUCGCUAUCGUCAUGUGUCUGAUGAUUUUCAUACCAGUUCCUGAUGCAGUACGACAUGCUGAGGGCUGUUUGUCAGCUUCCCUUUGUUUUAUAUAAAUUGUACAAUUAUAAAAAAUCUGAAGUUA